AAACGUAAAGCUAAGAAGUACACAUCGAACAAGAGUUUUCUUCAAAAGAUUAAAGAUGCGAGCUAGGAAGUUACCAUUAUUCGCGAUCUUCGCGGUUUGUGCUUUAUUGUAUCUCCUCUACAUGGAAUCUCCAACAUAUACUGUCUCCGAAGAUAAGCCACCGUUCAAAGCAAACGUACCUCUUCCUAGAACCAAUGUCCCCAUGAGUAGUAGUAGUAGUAGUAGUAGCAGUGUCUCGGUUGUGGCCUCAGAUCAAAAAGAAAAGGAGGAGUUAGAUCCGUUGGUACCUCCUCCAAAAGCUAGGAAGAGCCAGAGAAUUGAGUGGUUCAGAAGAAAGCUACCUGAGCUGGAUAUACUAAAGUCGACGAGCAAGAGCACUAGGUUCCAUGAAAGAGUUUUGGAGUUGUACAAAAGCAAUUGCUCAGCUCAGUUCUUUAUGAUUUGGCUUUCUCCGGCAAAAUCCUUUGGACCAAGAGAGAUGUUAGCUGUUGAUACACUCUUCACCACCAAUCCCGGAGCUUGCUUGGUGAUUUUGUCCAACUCCUUAGACUCACCCAAAGGAAACACCAUCCUCAAGCCAUUCCUUGAUCGUGGUUACAACCUCGUUGCUGUAACUCUCGAUAUCCCAUUCCUCGUCAAGAACACUCCUGCAGAAGCUUGGCUGAAAAAGCUAAAAAGUGGCAACAUGGAUCCUGGUUCUAUCCCUCUGUUCAUGAAUCUCUCUGAUCUAACAAGACUCGCCGUGCUCUACAAGUACGGAGGAGUCUACCUAGACACAGACAUCAUCUUCCUUAAAGAUAUGAAGGGACUGAGAAACGCAAUUGGGGCACAGAGCUUGGAUCCAGAAACCAAAAGAUGGACAAGACUAAACAACGCAGUGAUGGUCUUUGACCUCUACCAUCCGCUUAUGCGAGAGUUCUUGCACGAGUAUGCCACUACUUUCGAUGGAAACAGAUGGGGACACAACAGUCCUUACCUAGUCUCUAGAGUUAUCGAGAGAUUAGGAUGCAAACCUGAGUACAACCUCACAAUCUUCCCGCCUGAUGCUUUUUAUCCAGUGAAUUGGCUUCAGAUCCCAAGGCUUUUCAAGAAACCUGCAACCACAAGAGAAGCAGAAUGGGUAGAGAGGACAGUAGACGACUUGAGCCAAGGGAGUUACAUGAUACAUCUGUGGAAUAAAGUCACAAGGAAGAUUAAGAUUGAAGAAGGAAGCGUCAUGCACAAACUCAUCUCCACUCACUGCACAGUCUGCGGAAACAUCACAAAUUCUCACACUUAA